UUAAACACGGGAAAAUCUAGGGUUUUGUUUGUUUUAGAGCUUCUCCCACAAUGGAUAUGGAUGUCUUCAGUGGUUGGGAGAGAUCAUCAAGAUAUGAAGAUGAAACCAUAAUGCCACCUGGGUUUAGGUUUCAUCCUACCGAUGAAGAGCUCAUCACUUACUAUCUCCUCAAGAAGGUCCUUGACUCCAGUUUCACUUGUGCCGCCAUCUCUCAAGUUGAUCUCAACAAGUCUGAGCCUUGGGAGCUUCCUGAGAAAGCGAAACUGGGGGAGAAAGAGUGGUACUUCUUCACACUAAGAGAUCGUAAGUACCCAACGGGGCUGCGAACGAACAGAGCAACAGAAGCUGGUUACUGGAAAGCAACGGGUAAAGACAGAGAGAUCAAAAGCUCAAAGACAAAGUCGCUACUCGGGAUGAAGAAAACACUUGUCUUUUACAAAGGUAGAGCUCCUAAAGGUGAAAAAAGCUGUUGGGUCAUGCAUGAGUAUCGCCUCGACGGCAAAUUCUCUUACCAUUACCUUACGUCCUCCGCUAAGGAUGAAUGGGUUCUCUCUAAAGUUUGUCUGAAAAGCAGCGUUGUCAGUAGAGAGACAAAGUUGAUCUCUUCUUCUACCGCUUCCAUCGCCGGAGAAGUCUCCUCUUCUGCUCCGAUCAUUGACGCCUUUGCGACGGAGCACGUGUCCUGUUUCUCCAAUACCUCUGCUGCAGCUCAUGCCGAUACGAGCUUUCCUACGUACCUUCCCGCUCCGCCGCUUUCACUGCCACGUCAGCCUCGACGCAUAGUUGAUGACGUGGCGUUUGGUCAGUUUAUGGAUGUGGGAUCUUUAGGGCAGUUUAAUGUCGACGACGCAGCGUUCUUACCUUCUCUGCCUCCGACGGUUCAUCCUCCUCCUCAGACGUUCGAACUGUACGGUGGCUCGGCCCUGAGUUGCUGGCCGUUUGCUCUCUGAUGAUCGUUGCUAUGCUGGUUUAGUCUCGACUCUCGAACCAUUUGUUUGUUGUGUUGUGUUACUCGCAUGUACGUGUGUUUGUAAUAUCUCUAUGCGUGUUGUAACAUGACUUGUAUGUCAUUUCCUAGCAGUAGUAGUACUCUCGGAUCAUUUGCAUUAUGUUUUGUAAUGUCUUUUGCAUGACUUUUUUUAUAUUAAUUUCUUGUUUGCUUGGUCAUUAAAAAUUAAUCACAGUUAACUUCUUUUUCUUUUC